AUGUCCUUCAUCCGCCCCGUAUUCCCUUACCCAGCCCGUAUUCCUUCAUGGUUCGCAGGCCACAUGUCCCGUUCCCUCCGGGAACUGCCAACUCUACUGGAGAACAUAGAUCUGGUGAUAGAAGCUAGGGACUCUAGAUUACCUCUGACAAGUAUAAAUUCGACUUUCAAUCAGAUGCUCUCUAGAGUGAAAAAGGGGAAGGGAAAGGAAAAAGAGAAAUUGGUGGUUUACACUAAGAGGGAUUUAGCUGAAAGAAGAUACGAAGAGCCCCUCAAAAAAGCUUUUCUCCAGCAUGCAGGCCAGAAAGUCAUGUUUGCAGAUACGAGGUCUGAUCAGGAUGUAAGGGAAGUACUCAGACAUGCUGUGCGCAUAGCAAGGGAUAAUCAAGAGAUCAUACCGGACUUACGAGUUUUAGUAAUUGGUAUGCCCAACGUUGGUAAAUCGUCUUUACUCAACGCUUUGAGGAGAGUAGGUUUAAGGAAAGGCAAAGCAUUCCGAACAGGUGCAGAAGCAGGUAUAACCCGUAAACUGACAGGGACAGUCAAGAUAUAUGAUGAUCCCAGUGUAUACGUCUAUGAUACACCGGGUGUUAUGGUACCUUACUUGGGUAGGGGGGAGGACGGGGCGGAGAAGGGUUUGAAAUUGGCUUUGACUGCGGGAAUAAAAGAAUCGUUAUUCGAACAAGAUGCGAUGGUCGACUACUUACUGUGGAAGAUGAAUAAAAGGUUGAUAGCUGAAAAGGAUGAUCCGAAUAAACAUCAAACGUAUUUAUCACUAUUACCUCUUCCUUCUGACUUCCCUCCUACAGACGAUAUAACCAUUCUCCUUGAUGCUCUGUCCGAAAGGCUGGGCACGUUGAAGAAAGGUGGUGAGAAAGAUCACGAGGCCGCUUCUGGAUUUAUGAUCAGGGCGUUCAGGGAAGGCAAGUUGGGUGAAUUCACCUUGGACGAUUUGACUUUGGCAAAGACAGGUAAAACAAAUGAUCAAGAUGAAAUGGAUGAUCAUACGAAUACGGUUACUAUCACAAAUGAUGAUGAAAAUGUCAAUUCAGACGAGACUCAGAGGACGAUUAAGGAUGAAUAUGAGAAUGUUAAUGAUAAUGAUCAAUCACAAGAGGAUUCUUCAACGAACAGAAUACCAAUAUCAACUUCGACUACCUCCGAUCUAGAUUACCAAGUAUCCCAAAUUGUCAAACAAUACCUGUCCCUCACUUCCCCUUCUUCCUCUUCUACAGACUCCACUUCAAGCAGUUUCAGUGGGAUAUCAAUGAAUCAGCAGAAAAAAGCUGAUAAGCGACUUAGGCUAGAAGAGAGGGAUAACAAAUUACGUGCUAAGGGUGUGAACGUACCUAUCAGACAGUGGGGUAAUAAGAAGAAAAAGGGAUUGGGAUUGGGGAGAGGUGAAGCUGGGAAAAUGGCUAGGAGCAGAAGGUAG